GUCAUGCCGUUGUCUCGGGGGUGGCGGGGGAGGAGGGGUCUCGCGGAGGCCUAGGCUGCCCGCUCUCCUCACGGAGCGCCGGGGUGGAGCGGGCGCGCGGCGGCGCCCGCCCGCCGGGAUGUGGGGCAGCGGCAACCCCGGCGGAGACGGAGCUGGAGUCGCCGCCGUUACGGUGGUCCUCAGCGGCACCCGGGACUGCUUCCUGCACCUGCCGCCCGUGCUGGCCGCUCACCUUCGCCUGCAGCAGGGCCAAGCUGUGAAAGUUUCUGGCAGUCAUCAACCUGUAUUUUUAAGCUGGAUGGAAAUCAGGCAUCAAGGUCACCGAGGUGAAAAUAUUGCAGAGAUUAACAGACAAUUAGCAGAGAAACUUGGCAUUACAGAUGGAGAACAGGUAUUCCUUGAACCCUGUUCGCAUGUCUCUUCCUGUCAGCAAGUAGAAGUGGAACCACUCUCAGCAGAUGAUUGGGAAAUACUGGAACUGCACACUACUUCUCUUGAAAAACACUUUCUUGACCAGAUUCGAAUUGUAUUUCCAAAAGCCAUCCUUCCUGUAUGGGUUGACCAGCAUACUCGCAUUUACAUCAAAAUCGGUGCACUUAUGCCAGCUGCCCCUUAUGGGAGAUUAGAACCUCGCACGGAACUUCUAAUAUGCCCCAAAACACGCCCACUUGAAGAAAAUCUCACCAGUAUGCCUUCCACAAAAAGUGACACUUUGCUCAAAAGAUUAGUGAAAAAUAGCUUGGGCCAAGAAGAAACAGUAAAGGAGCCAACGACCAGGCAACCUCACUUAAAGCCAGGAGUCCCUGAACAGAGUAAGGCUGAUGCAAAUCUGACACUUGGCACAAAUGUUCUGCCAAAUAUUUGGGAUUUCAUAGGGAGCAUUUUCUCUCACGCAUCUGAGCAGAAACAAAAGACUUUUUAUGAUACAGAUGAAAUGAAAGCCUUCAAAGACAAGCUGCUGAACUUAAUUCACAUGGAUUCCAUUUUUAGAGUAUGCCAUUCCCAGCCGCCCAGCGUACAGAACAUAUCAACCACCCAUGCAUUCCUGGAAUGCAGUGCUAUUCAUGUUUUUCCAUGGAAUUUAGAGUUUGUUGAUCUGGAGCCAACUGCUACAGUCUCUUAUGGGAAAAUUAGUGAGCUGCUCUCCCCAAGACAGCGUCAUCAAGAAGCUAAGCAAAAUCUGCCGCUUGAAAAGCAAAAACAUACGACUAGCACACAAGACAAAAAUCAUUCUAGUAGUAGUCAAGCAUCCAGUGAGGGGUCUGUUGUUCAGAUCGUUUGGAAUGGAUUUGAAGAUCUAAAGAGUGUCAUAAAGUAUGGCAACAGUGGGGAAGCCCUACACGUUGGAAGAGUUUGGAUUCCAGAUGGUCUGAGAAAGAAACUACGUAUAGAAAUGCAUUCAGCAGUCCGAAUAAAGUCAGUAGAAUCUAUUCCUAAAAUUCCCGCAUCUCUUACACUGCAACCCAAACAGAACUUACAUGAAGAUGUACGUGAAGAUGACGUUAAAUCUGCUUUCAAUUCUUGGCUGCAGAAUUCUACUACUAAUGAUCUUCCCUGGAUAAUGGCCAGCACAGACUGUAUACAUCUCUCUGUGAAAGAAAGCAUAGAGGAAUUUGUCCUUAGUGUAGUACAUUCUACUCGCACUGAAGAAAAUAAGUCUGAGAAUAUUUUUAUACUGAGUCCUAGUUUGCUGCAAAAGACAAACAUACAAGUUCUUUUACAUCCUCUGACUAGAAAAGCUGAUGGUGACAGCCAACCACCUAUGUGUGAUACAGACAGGAACCUUCCUUAUCACAGUCUAAACCAUCUUGGAGGAGUAGACAAAUUAGGAACAUCUUCCUUUGAACACGUAAGCCACAGCCUUUUGGGUCGUCCUUUAUCUCAAAAGCUGGCUGCUCUUUCUGUGGGACUGAGAAACGGAGGAGUGCUCCUCACAGGAGGAAAGGGAAGUGGAAAGUCAACAUUAGCAAAGGCCAUCUGCAAAGAAGCAUUUGAUAGACUGGAUGCUCAUGUCGAAGUAAUUGACUGUAAAGCUUUGAGAGGAAAAAGAUUAGGAAACAUACGGAAAAACGUGGAAGAAGCUUUUUUAGAGGCGGCAUGGAGACAACCAUCCAUUCUUUUAAUGGAUGAUCUUGAUCACAUUGUUGGAAUACCUUCUACACCAGAGCAUGACAACAGCCCUGAAACGGUUCAAAGCAAUAGACUUGCUUAUGUUUUAAAAGAUCUGAUAAAAGAAGUUAUUUCCAUGGGGAGUUUGAUUGCAUUAAUUGCUACAAGCCAGUCUGAACAUUCCCUACAUCCUUCACUGGUUUCAGCUCAAGGAACUCACAUAUUUCAGUGCUUCCAAUGUAUCCAAUCUCCAGAUCAGAAUCAGAGAUCUGAAAUGCUGUGUUCCAUAUUAAAAAAUAAACUGAAUUCUGAUAUAAAGGAGUUCUCCGAUCUUGACAUCCAAUAUAUUGCAAAGGAAACAGAAGGUUUUGUUGCUAGAGAUUUUACUAUGCUGAUUGAUCGUGCCAUUCAUGCCUGUAUUUCUAACCAGAAUGUAUAUGAAAAUGGAGCAGAAUUGAAUCUGUCAACUGUGGAUUUUCAGAAAGCUUUAAAAGAUUUCACUCCAUCAGCUCUGAGAAAUGUCAACCUUCAUAAACCUAAGGACAUUGGCUGGGACAAAAUUGGUGGCUUAAAAGAUGUACAGCAAAUACUUAUGGAUACUAUCAUGUUACCUGCCAAGUAUCCAGAAUUAUUUGCAAACCUGCCCAUACGACAGAGAUCAGGAAUCUUGCUGUAUGGAGCACCUGGAACAGGAAAAACACUGUUAGCAGGAGCAAUUGCUCGAGAGAGUGGAAUGAAUUUCAUCAGUAUCAAGGGACCAGAGUUACUCAGCAAAUAUAUUGGAGCAAGUGAGCAAGCAGUCAGAGAUAUCUUUAACAGAGCUCAGGCAGCUAAGCCUUGUAUUGUUUUCUUCGAUGAGUUUGAUUCUAUUGCUCCUCGUCGAGGUCAUGACAACACAGGAGUUACAGACCGAGUGGUUAACCAGCUGCUGACUGAGUUAGAUGGCGUAGAAGGCUUACAAGGGGUUUAUGUGCUUGCUGCUACCAGUCGCCCAGACUUGAUUGAUCCAGCUUUGUUAAGGCCAGGUCGACUGGAUAAGUGCCUGUACUGUCCACCUCCUGAUCAGACUUCACGUUAUGAAAUCUUAAAAGCUCUCGGUCAUUCUCUGUCUUUGGCAAAUGAUGUGGACUUUCAGUAUUUGGCAGAAAAAACAGAACACUUCACAGGGGCUGACCUAAAAGCCUUAUUGUAUAAUGCCCAAUUAGAGGCAGUACAUUCUAGUUUGGGUUCAGGCUUACCACAGGAUUUUGGUUCUAGUUCUGACAGUGAUGUCAGUCUCUCUUCCAUGGUGUUUCUAAAUCACAGCAGUGGCUCAGAUGAUUCAGCGAUAGAUGGAGAAGCAGGGCUAGAGCAAUCUCUUAUUUCUCUAGACAUGUCUGAGUUGCUUCAUGAAGAUUCAAGGUCUAACAUGUAUCGUCUUUAUUUUGGAAGCUCUUACGAAUCCGAGCUAGGAAAUGGAACUCCUUCAGAACUGAGCUCUUUGUGUCUGUCUGGACCAAACUCCAUAACUCAUGAUUUAACCAGCACGAGUCAAAGAGACACAGCAUCAUCACAACCUUCAAUACUUAGAACAGUUUCUCAAGAAGGCUCCCAGGAAAAUAACCAGGAGCAAAUAGAGCACCUGAGGACAGAAAUCAAUGCUGUCAAAGAAAAUUACAGAAGCAAGAAUGGAGAGGACAGCACCCUUAAUCAGUCAGUGCUCACGAAGAACACUUUAACUAUUACCCAGUCUCAUCUGAUGACUGCACUUGAGGGAAUAAGACCAUCUAUUAGCCAAGGUGACUGGAAGAAUUUUACUGAGCUGUAUGAAAAUUUUCAGAAUCCCAAGAAGAGGAAAGGACAAGUUGGUUCAGCAUUCAGACCAGGACAAAAAGUGACUCUAGCAUAGUAACUUCUAAUAUGCUUGUAAUAGCUAAACCAUAACUGGAAAUUAUAAAUGUCAGCCUGAUAUUUAAAUGAGUAGAUCAGAUUAUUUAUAUCCAUAUAGAUUUAUUAAUGCAGCAAUUGAAGAUAAGUUUCUUUUAAAUUUAAAUGCUGUAAAAUUAUUUCACAUUUUAUUUUGAAGAAAAUUUCUUCCCACAGAUUGAUAUUAAAUUUCUUGAGACAACGUUGGCUACAUUAUGUCUAAUUGUUCAUCUUGCAAAAUUUUAAAGUUUUAUUUUUAUCAAUAUACAGUUACCAGAAAAUAAUAAUGAUUUCCCAUCCGUCUGUUUCCUCACAGCAAAUACCUGUUUUCUUCAAAUCUGUUUUCCAAAUCUAUAAAGCAAACUUAUCAAAAUUUUGUCUUCACAAGUUGCCUAAUUCUGUUUAAAAAAAAAAAAAAAAAAAAAAAAAAAGACAAA